AUGACGCUCUGCCUUUUUGCGGUGCUCAGCCUGGGCGAGGUCAUGACGACGAUCAAGAUGUCGGACCGCCUAUCCGCGCAGUUCGAGAACUUCCGCUCAACCUUCGAAGGGUCGCAGGUGACGGACCGGCGCCGUUUGGACUGGGAAGAUAAUGGCAGAUGCUACUUCGACGAUCAUGACGAUGAUGGAUCGCCGGAUUACAACUGCCACCGAUGCUACUGCAACUAUUGCUGGAACCCGUACGGACUUUACUACUAUUGCUGCGGGACCUGCGGGGUCUACUUCUGGUACUGGGGCUGGAUCUUCAUCAUGUUCGGCCUUUGCUUCCUCAUUUUCAUCCCCUUUGCGGUCUUUCACGAACCAACCCGCACGCGGGUUGUCCGGGUCAAGACGUGGACCUCCGGGCGGUUCUCGAGCGCACCGGCAAACAACGUGCAAAUGCAGCCCGCCCCCGUGGCCACGCCGCCGGCGGUGCCCGUGGCCACGCCAGUGCCCGUGGCGACGCCUGUGUAA